UUCGGCUUCUGUUUCUUGAUUGAUGGCCUUUUCGGUGUGGUUUUGAAGCGGUAGAAUCAUAAUCUUCCUAACUUUGUUUAUUUCCUGGCUAACGGAAUGAGGAAUUUUGUUGAGCACGAUUCGUUGUACAUCCAUCUUCAACUAGAUCGAGACGUUCCCCUCAAAAAAAGAAAGAUCGAGACGGUGUCUGUUUUCCGAUUCGCAACAUUGUUUCGAGCCCGCUUGAUUCUGGCAUGUCAGAAUCAACUGAACCCUCCUUCAACAUGUCUUCUGAAGAUGAACACUGCCACCUUGAAGAGAAGAAUGUGUUACAGCUCCAAUUCAGGUGCAGUCCAAGAGGCGUUCACUGAUUAACCAAGAAACUAACAGCCAAACAGGAAACCUGGAUCACCGAUAUGGGGCUUGAAAUGUUCUUGAGUCUCCCAGAUGUGGAACUCCCACACUAUUUGGUUCAGCCGCUUCUGCACUUGGUCGACUGCCAACGUGGGACGGUCAAGAUUAAAAAAGAGCAUCUAGCAAUUAAGCCUUUGAUACCGGUCAUCCUGGGUCUUCCAUCUGAACCAGGGAUGGAUAAGUUGCCCUCAGUGGAUGACGAUCUUCUUGACACUGUAUUUCUAACGAAAAUCAUAGGUGCAGGUCUAGUGAUGGGAGAGUUUGGAGAUCAACUCAAAGAGAUAAAUGAUCCUGCGGUCUUCAAGCUCGCAUUUCUUUCGUUUAUCUUGUGUCACCUACUGUGCCCCAACUCGAAUGCCCACAUUAAGGAAAGUAUCUACUCCCUGAAGUCAAAGAUUGAGUCCAUACAGAAAGCAGGUUGGUGUAGCUACAUCUAUGACCAACUAAUGAUUGCUAUCCGCGAGUACAAGCACAAUUGUUCAUCGUGGAAGAAAGGAUCUAAGAAUAGAAGUUUUGUUCGUGGUUGCAUGUAUAUAUUGGCGGUCAUUCACCUGGACGUCUUGGAUACACCAGAGAAACCUGAUACAGGCUAUCCCCGUAUACUGCAUAUUAAAAACAACCACUUCCGACAGAUGAAGAAUCAUCAGUUUGAAUUUCUCCUUGUGAAAGAUACUGUCUACGCAAAUGUUAUUGCUAACCUCGAACAAGAACAAGAAGUUCAACCAGUAGUAAUAACCUCAGGCGCCAGAGAAAGUGAUGAUGUGCAGGGAUCACCAGCAGAAGCGCAAGCCUCUGAUGUUUGUGAUGGUGACGAAGCUCGAGGUUCUUCACUUCUUUGUGAGCAUGUUCCUGUUAUGGAGAAGAAACUUGCUUCUGCUGCUCCUCGGGAAUUGAUGGCUUCUUCUGCUGUCGGGAAUGAGAUCAGAAAAGAAUCUACUACUGCCCUGGUUGAACAAAUUGAGAGGCAAAUGUCUUGCACCCAGAUUGGACGAAAUACAGAUAUGGAAGUGGAUGUCAGCCUGCAAAACCCUGCAGUGUCACAAGUCCAGGAUGGUCCAGAUAAAGAAGAAAGUGAGGGGGUGCGAUUGGGUUCCAAGACAUCAAAGCUGCUGCUGGUACAUGCUGACCAACAGCCUGGAAUGGAGGACCGGCUAGUAGUCUCUUCAAAACCAAGGAAAGGAGAUGUGAGCAGUUCUUGCCCUAAGACAGGUUCCAUGUCUGCAGAAUCUGAUGUGAGCCAGGACAGCAACAGAGAACAAGAUAAGAUGGUGGCAAGAAAACAUGCUGAAGAUAAACCUGGUGCUGGAGGACACACUGCACCCUCACAUAAUGAUGUUGCCACCACAGACUACGAGAAACACUGCGUUUUCGCUAGUGAAGUCAAAGAUAAGCUGAGUGAUAUACAGAAAUGCUGGUUGCAAAGUACUGUCAACCACGAGGUGCCUGAAAUACCGCUUUAUGUUUGUAAAAUGAAACAAGGUCUGCUAAGCCAAAUGUAUUUCAGUGUCCCAUAUACGAGAGAUCAUUUCAGCAAGCAUAUUCGUGGGAGUAGUGGGGAAAUGAAAAUCAGCGCUACUAAUGGUGGAAACUCAGCGCGCAUGAAAUUUAAUAUCUCUGUAAGUAAGAGUCAUAGAAGAUUAACUUCGGAGAAAAAGAAUGGAAAGUCUUCGUGAGCGCCAACAGGAUGGAAGAGGGUGCUUUGUGCGCCUUCAGUUUUAAAGUUGAGAGUGGGAAGCCUUCGGUAAGUGUGUCUUAUCAUGAGUGACCAGCAUCAAUGAUAUGUGCAAUUUGGUUCCCAUUCCGUGAAGUCUUUAAAAGGAUCCCCUGACAAAUAAACUCGUAUGUACUCUUCUACUCCCUCUGUUCACUUUUAUAAGACCUUGAAGACAUUUCAGACAAUGUACAAAACAGCCCAUUUUGAGCUGUCUGAAAUGACUUAAAAAAGUGAACGGAGGGAGUAUGUUAAAUUUAAUCCAUAUAGCUUCUUACUUGCUUUA